AUGAGGAUCGAGACGUGCUAUUUCUGCAGUAGACCUGCCUACCCAAGCAAGGGAAUCACAUUCUGCCGCAACGACGCCAAGCAGUUCCGCUUCUGCCGUAGCAAAUGCCACAAGAACUUCGUCAUGAAGCGUAACCCGCGCAAGCUGAAGUGGACCAAGGCGUUCCGGCGCGCGGCCGGCAAGGAGAUGACGGUGGACUCGACGCUGCAGUUCGCGGCGCGGCGCAACGUGCCCGUGCGCUACGACCGCGAGCUCGUGCAGAAGACCCUGCGCGCCAUGGACCGCGUCUCCGAGAUCCGGGCUAAGCGCGAGCGCGUCUUCGCCAAGCGCCGCCGCGCCGGCAAGCGCGCCCAGGACCUCGCCACCGACCGCAAGCUCGUCCAGUCCCACGGCCACCUGCUGCCGCGCCUGCGCGCCAGCGAGAAGAGGAGGCUCGCCGAGGAGCAAGGGCUGCAGCCCGAGGAGAUCGAGGAGCUGGAGCGCAAUGCGGCGGGCAUCGCCGAGAAGAAGAGCGCGAGGGUCUUUGGCAAGGAGAAGAUACGCCAGAGGGUGCGUGUCGAUGGAGGCGUGGAGGUCAUGGGAGAGGACGACGGCGGGAUGGAUGUGGAUUCCGAGUAA